UGUGUGUGUCAAAGUCCAGACUGUAGCUGUGUGUCUGCAUCAACAUGGAGGAAUACAAGAAGAAGAAGAUCCUUUGUGUUGGUCUGGUGUGUCUGGACAUUAUCAACGUGGUGGAGAAAUACCCAGAAGAGGACACAGACAGCAGGUGUUUGUCACAACGUUGGCAGCGAGGAGGAAACGCUUCAAACUCGUGCACAGUGCUGUCUCUGCUCGGAGCGCCUUGCGCCUUCAUGGGCUCACUGUCCUCAGGAUAUGUGGCAGAUUUUAUUUUGGAGGAUUUUCAGAAGUUCCACAUCGAUGUGUCUCUGGUGCCUGAGCGCGCUCAGUGUGAACUUCCUGCUUCUGUGGUCAUCAGCAACAUCAGCACAGGAAGCCGCACAAUCCUGCACAUGAACAGUUUCAUCAUGGCCGACUUCUCGCGGCGUGAUGUCGACGUCUCUGCGGUCGUGCUGCAGGUCGAAGGUGAAACUCCUUCUGCCUGUUGUGUUGUUUGCCCGGCUAGCGGAUCUCGAACCGUCAUUCUCUCCGACACGAAUCUUCCCGAUGUCACCGCUGAAGAUUUCUCCAAAGUCGACCUCCAUCAGUUCAAGUGGAUCCACUGGGAGGGCCGAAACGCUGAGCAGCAGGUGCAGAUGAUCCAGCAGGUGGAGGUGUUCAACAGACCGCUGCCUCCACAGGAGAGGAUCACGCUCUCCGUGGAGAUAGAGAAGACCAGAGAGCCUUUGUAUCAGCUGUUUCCUCACGGUGACCUGGUGUUUGUCAGUAAAGACGUGGCUCGUCAUUUCGGCUUCCAGUCGGCUGGAGCUGCUCUGAAAGGACUCUACAGCCGGGUCAAACAGGGAGCUGUCCUGGUUUGUGCCUGGGCCGAGGAGGGAGCCGAUGCUUUGGGUCCUGAUGGGGUCGUCCUUCACUCAGACGCCUUUCCUCCUGAAACUCUCGUCGAUACUCUCGGAGCCGGAGACACCUUCAACUCUGCCGUCAUCUACACCCUGUCCAACGGGGGCAGUCUUCAGGACGCUUUGACCUUCGGCUGCAGGGUCGCCGGCAGGAAGUGUGGUUUCCACGGUUACGACGGCAUCGCCGAAAUGAGUGCACUCUGACCGACGAUUUCAGAUCUGACAGAAAAACCCACAUCUUUAUUCUUAAUUUAAAAUCAAAUGUAUCAUAUUGUGUGUGACGCUACGAGGAACCAAAGCUCUUCCACCAGGAGAAACACGCUGCAACACUUCCGUUGUGUUUUGUAUUUGCAGCGUUUGGUUUCUGCAGCUUUUAGUAAACGCUGCCAUGUCUCCUCAAGGUGCUGAAUGUUCUCUAAAAGCUGCACGUGUUGUUGCUGAAGAUGUUUCUCGUGAUGGAAGAGCUUUGUGACGUUGCAGCUCGUUGCAGCUGUCGGCCUCCUUAGUCACACAGAAACCAGUCUGCGCUGUUUAAAAAUGUAAAGUAAUGAAUAACUGAAAUGAAUGAACCGAUUAAU